GCCCGGCGGGGGCAUAUACAAAGUGAAGCCACAUUGCCAAACUUGCAGCAGCGAUUGCAGCAGUUGCUGCCGCUGCGCCGCGCCUGAAGCCGCGCCGCGCGGGCCGAGGGCUCCUGCAGCUGCUCGCGCGCAGCCGGAGGCGGAGGAGAGGACGAGGACUGGGACUGACACUUCUGCUCCCGGCCGCCGGCCACUUACGCGGCGCCCCCCAACCCGCCCCAGAGCAACGCGAUUAAAAAAAAAAAAGCAGCCCUUAGCCCCCUCCUCCCCUUUCCUGCUUCUGCGAGAACUCGCUCCCUCCCUCCAGCUCCGCCAGCCAAGGCGCCCCUUCCUUGGAAGCCGAGCGGCUUCGCUCGAAUUUCGCCGCCGCCGCCUCUCGCAAUAUUGCAAUAUAGGGGAAAAGCAGACCAUGGUGAAUCCGGGCAGCAGCUCGCAGCCGCCCCCGGUGACGGCCGGCUCCCUCUCCUGGAAGCGGUGCGCAGGCUGCGGGGGCAAGAUUGCGGACCGCUUUCUGCUCUAUGCCAUGGACAGCUAUUGGCACAGCCGGUGCCUCAAGUGCUCCUGCUGCCAGGCGCAGCUGGGAGACAUCGGCACGUCUUGUUACACCAAGAGCGGCAUGAUCCUUUGCAGAAAUGACUACAUUAGGUUAUUUGGGAAUAGCGGUGCUUGCAGCGCUUGCGGACAGUCAAUUCCUGCGAGUGAGCUCGUCAUGAGGGCACAAGGCAAUGUGUAUCAUCUUAAGUGUUUUACAUGCUCUACCUGCCGGAAUCGCCUGGUCCCGGGAGAUCGGUUUCACUACAUCAAUGGCAGUUUAUUUUGUGAACAUGAUAGACCUACAGCUCUCAUCAAUGGCCAUUUGAAUUCACUUCAGAGCAAUCCACUACUGCCAGACCAGAAGGUCUGCUAAAAGGUCAGAGUAAUGCAGAAUGCGUGCCUUCAUCUCAGAUUUUGUUCAUCACAGGUGGAUCCCAUGUGUCUUCAGUAGACAAGUCACCUUUGUAGCUAGCACCAGUGCCAGCUCCAUGCCAUUGCACCUUCUUUAGUCUUGAUUGCCCUUCCCGCAUUUAUUGGUGUAUUAAAAUGACUGAAUAUGAACAUUAAGGACUCCAUGAACCUGGGCUAAUGGGAGACUGUAGAGAAAAUGAAAAAAGAUCCACCGGAGGACAUCUUUGGGGGGGGAGGGAGCUUGGGGGGAGGGAAAUGACUAAUGAAGCUAAUUAAAAGAAGCAUUCAAAUCUGCUUUCUACCCUCAUUAACAAUUAGCAGGGCACUGGCCAGAGUUUGUACCCUGUGUUUUACCUUAACAACAUUCUGUUUGCUCUUUGUAUAUUUAAGUGUUGUAAGGAAACGUGUUUCAAUCAAAACUGAACAUGAGAUAAGGAAAGAGAUGUGGCUUUUGUGAUAAUUCUAUCACAAACCCUUUUAUUGUAUCUCUGUAAAAUACAAUGUAUGUAUGCAUGUAAGUGUUUUUGUCCUAAUGUUGCUACUCCCAUGGCAAAGAUUUAAAAAAAAAAAAAAAAAAAAAAAAGAAUGAAAAAGGAAAAAAAAUUGGAAAAAAAAAUCAGGCUCAUAGCAGCUACCGUGUAGAAAUUUCCCCUUACUUCUAAUUUGCUGAAUGAAGAAAAAAAAUCUUUUAUUUGUGAUAUUUUCAGAGACAUUUGCUCUAGUAUGGUGUAUUUAAAUAAUAAAAACUUAAAAGAAAAAAAUAUUCAAUGGAGUUUGGGUUUAAACACUGCUUUUUUUUUUGUAUUUUGGAAAAAAAUUAGUUUUAUUUGUUGUAUGAAAAACUUUAAAUUUGAGGGGUGAGGGAGGUGAUAUAUAUAUAUAUAUAUUUAGCUCUGGGCCAAAAAGGCAUUUUUAAAAUUACUUAUCUGUGCCAUUUUUGGCAGGGGUGCAAAGCAAUGUUUCUAACAGAGUCCUUUUUAUAAGUUCAGAAUAUUCUGUUACCGCACUUCAUUACACUUCUAUAUCACAAUGAGUCUUGUGUUUACACAUAAAUACUUGUUGGAUUCUUCAGCUAUUUUGUUGAUUCUUUUUUCUCACUAGGAAAACCUUGGGUGCUGACAAAAGGCAUGUUAAAGUAUAUGGCACAACCAUCUUGUUCUGUAUUUAGUUUUAUAGCUUUUUUUUUUUUUUUUAAGCUUUCAAAAUACUUUUAUUGUAUACAAGUUGUGCCAGUAACCAGAAAAUGGGGGUAGAGAGAAGGGAGGACUUUCUCAACUCAUGUUGCAAGAUUAGUUUAAUUCUGAUUUCAGAGCCAGAAAAAAAUGAAGAAAAUAAAAUUAUAUGCCCAUUUUGUUUGUGAAUAUGAUGCAAAGUUCACAUAGCAUUAAAAUAAUACAGCAGGAAUCAACAGAUUGAUCCCAGUAAUGCAAAGACCACUCAACAUUAAAAAAAUCCUAAAUUAAAACAGCAUUUCUAAACCACACCUAUGUGUAUUUGAUGUUCCAUUAGCUUAGGGCCCUACAACUCUUGUGUAGGAUCAUCGAUGGGAAAGCAGCCGUUUCCUGGUGAGCUUUUAGACUCCUGUGGUCUGCUGUGAGUGAGAGUUGUUUAUUUUGUUUUACUCUUACACUCCUCCACCGACUCUGCCUUUGCAUAUGUUUGUUGGGCGAGGAUUCUAAUUUCAUUUAGUGGUAGUCUUGAGACAGUGGCUGGGCUGGGCCGGGCCAGAGAGUCUCUACAGCAGCUGAGAUGUGCCCUGAGGGGUCCAGGACUCAGCCUCCUGGUCUUGGAAUAAGGAAAAACCAAAGAGGCCUGGGUACCCACCGGCCCUGUACCACCAGGCUCAUUGCAUGUAAGCAAAUCUCAACUACAGCUUCUGCACAGGCUAAUACAACCAGGUGUGUUUAUAUGUCUACUUUCCUUUUUACAAAAAUGGCAUUUUAUUUUGCUCUAGAAAAAACCCUCAUCCAAACCAUCUGAUACUAGGAGUAGACAGAAUGGAGAUGUCUAGCUCCGCACACCUCAGCUAAACCAUCCGUUUUCCUUUCCUUUGAGAACUUCUGUGCUCACUUCCUGCUUUCAGAGAGUUCCAGGAUGGAGGAAAAAUUAGUUGCUCAAACUGCAAGCCUCCUAUAAACCUCCUGUAGGAGAGUUUAAAAGCAGAGAGUUAAAGUGAAUUGUUUUGUCAGAGCUUUAUAAAAAGAAAAUGCAGGGGGAAAAAAAUUACAUGCAUAACAAUAUCUGUUUAACUUACACCCUUUGGGGAAUUUCUCCAAACUUGAUCUGGUUAUAUGUCUUUUUUUCUUUACAAUGCUUUCUGAAGGAACUUGGACUCUUCCAGUGGUAAAGGGAGAAAUGUGUUAAGAUUGCAAGCAUCUUCUAUAUUCUUUUUGGCAUAAGCACUCGUGUCCCAUAUAGUGUAGAAAUUCAAAGGAGGUGGUUAAUAACUUUAAUAGGUAAUACAGUGUGGCAUUUAGUGAUAUGAAGGGCGAAGGUCGUUACAGAUUUUAAAUGAACUAUUAUAUGGCUGGUUCCUGAAGCACUGCUGCGUAUUUAAUAACGAGCUUCUAAAAGCAUUUCUUAAGUUGCAGACCUGUAAGAUUACAAAUGUCACUCAUGUUAGUAUAAUCCACAUGCAAGUGAUGAAGCCUUCUCUUUGAUGUGCUAAAUUGGAGAAGGACUAAUGGAGCUAUGAAUAUACAAUAGAACAUAUUUAAGUAGUAGUCUUGCUUUAGGUAAAACACUUUCUUGAAACCAGAGGCAUUUCAAACAAUAAAACCCGUCUCUAAUGGGGAUGCUCUGUGUGGAUAGAAAGCUACUAAAAACACUCAGGUUUAUUCUGAUGUGAGCAGUGAUUGUACUUCCUUCCCCAACCCCAGCAUAGCUUAGGAAAAAGAAAAAAAAAUCCAGGAGCUUACCCACCUUUCAUCCAUUGCAUUUGUGAUGUUAUUAGUGAGGUGUACACCACUCUUCUGAAAGGACUUAAUAUUAACCACAUCAUGGAGCAAGAUGGUCCCAGUCCCUAUAAGCAAGUGCAAUUACAAAAUAAAAGCAAAUGCUACUGAGCCUUGCUGAACUCCUGAUAAAAAAUUAUGUUUAUGAUACAUAUAAAUGUCUCAAUCAUGCAAAUUGUCACUCUUGCUAAUGAAACAAUUUUGUAAAAAGAUUGUCCUCUAAAAGGGUUUAAUGUUUUUUUUUUUUUUUUUUAACCUAUCUGUCUAGUUAGAUUUACACAUUCUGCAAAGCAGGGGAGCCUGAAGCCUUUCCAAACCAAAUCGUUUGCCACAGAAACUAUUUCCAGCUCUUCAUGAUUUAUUAGGAAAUAGUUUAACAUGGACUGUAGUGUCUUAUAAAAUACAAAAUGAGAAAACUGUCACACCAAAAUGAAGCCUGUGAAAUUGUCAUCCUCUUAAUAUUAACUAUAUUUAAAUUCUUUUUCUUUUGCCCUUAUUAGCACUGAUAUUUGAAACAACUAAUCAUCUAAAAUGAAGCUCUUAAAUUAAAUGGCUUCAAAUGUCAAUACAGUAAGAUUCUAAUGUGCAAUACUAUUUAUAUAAAAUAUUUCUUAAAGCCAAUAAAUUAUAUUGAAUCCAAGAGCUAUGUAUCGACAGUUCCCAUAUAGCCUAAAUAAUUGUAUUUAAAUUAUAAGGCGGUGUUUCAGAGACUCCUUCCCUGGGGAGUUCAAUCCUGGUUGCUCCCCCCACCCACUUAGUUUGAGAGCCAUUGGAAACACAGACCAUUUACAAGUUAAUGUUACUUGUGGCUUUGUUACUAAAACUCACCUAUUGUCAGUCCAGCCAAGUCACAGAAAUGCUUAUUGCAGUUAAAUAGCAAUUUGUUUCCAUGAAACUGCAAUUAAAGUAUUACUGAGCAGCCAUUUUAGAUUGGCAAUGCUCUGAACGCAUGUUAAGCAGCCAGCGACUCCCACUUGCAGAGUCUGAGGUCUGACUAGCAGCAGAAUGUGGCUCAUGCACCAGUGUUGGGUACCGAGCUAAGAUACAUCUGUGGCCCUCCGUUCCCACUGAGAACAUGCUGGGAGCGAUGACAAGUCAGGGCCAAUUUUUGGAAGGAGAACUUGCGACUUAACUCAAGUGAAUACUAUUUUCAGUUGUAUAAGAAGUGCUUUAUACUAGUAGAUAUGUGCAUGUUUCCUAGAGGGAAUGUUUUCAAGUUCAGAUUGAUUCUGCUGAGAAUGGACUGCAACUUGGAGGCCUCAAGCCAAUAAUGUACUACAGGUCCUGACAUGUUACAGCUGUGUAAACAGGGCCAUUCUCUCUCCUAAAUCACAACUAAUAAAGCAUAGGAUGAAAAUCAA